UUCUGAUGCUAUUGCCGCCGCCGCUACGGCUAGUGUUGAGGCAGCUGCCUCUGGUAACCUGAUCCUGCUACCGAACAGAUUGCUGGAUGGGCUGAAGCCAAAUCAAGGGACCAGGGAACAAAAGCCGUAGGGGCUGCCUCCAGUGCCCGGGAAAGUGCACCCUUCCAUAAACCGGACAGGGUUGAACCAUGGUGGACCCUAUGCCAGAGGAGGAAAAGACAGAAGCUGAGCCAAGUAGAGCUGGAGAAGAUGGAGCAGCUGCAGCUGCAUCCUCCAUCCCUACUGAUGCCCCGCAAUUGUUCACUUCAACAUCUUCUGCCCUCCAAAGUGUACCCAGCAAAGCUGAGGGCCUGGCAAGCCAUAGAGAAGGUCAACAGCGGGAACAGUCGCCUAUGCUGCACCUUGAUCUGUUCAACUUUGACUGUCCAGAAGCAGAGGGCAGCCGCUAUGUGCUCACCAGCCCCCGCUCUUUGGAGGCCUGUGCCAGAUGUACAGUUAAGCCCGUGGAGCUGCUGCCUCGGGCUUUAGCUGAUUUGGUUCGUGAGGCACCAGGCCGCUCAAUGCGGGUAGCUACAGGACUUUACGAAGUAUAUGAAGCGGAGCGCCUAGCCAAGCUACAGCAGUGCCGGGCUGAACGGGAGCGCAUCAUCAAAGAGGAAAAACGGCGACUCUUCACACCUCUGGGCUCCACCAGCACAGUCACGACUGCAGGCUCAGUGCAGACUGCAGGACCGGGCAGCAGUAGCAGCUGCAGCAGCAGUGCCAGCCUCCCAGCUUCACCUGCUCCUCGUGCUCCCCAAGCUUCCCGUGCUCCCUGCAAAUCCUCUUCAUCACCCGCCAGAGCUCGGACCAAGCCGCCUCCAGCUGCUUCCCGUUCGGGCAAAAAGAGCCACUCCUUAGAUUCCCUGUCAUGCAGGCGAGAAGGGGCCCUAAGCUCAGAAUCUGGGGCUUCCUCCUCCUCCUACAGUGGUGAUAGUCUAAGGGAGCACUGGCUGCUUCGAAACCCAGCCGGGGGUGGCCUCAUGGCAGGGUCUGCUGCGUCAGCCCCCAAUCCCCAGACUCGGCCAUCUGCCCUCACCUUGACGCCCCUCUCUGGUCGCAGCUUCAGCUUGAGCGAUCUGUGCCAUUCACCUCAGACUGCCCGCCACGUAGAGAGAAUUGUGCGCCAGGUGCGGGAGGAGAAGGGCCUCCGAGGGUUACCGGAGCGUGACCGUAAGAUUGCUGCCCUUAUGUUGGCCAGGCACCAGGAAGAAGAGCUGCUGCGAGAACAGCAAGCAUUUGCCCAUAGCCAGUGGGAGCUGCAGCGGAAGAAAGCCAUGCAGCAGCGGGAAAAAGAAGAAAAGGAGAAGCAGCGGGUGCUAGCGCAAUGCCGCCAGGCCUGGACUGCCCAGGUAGAGGAGCGCCUGGAGAGGCUGGGCCACCAGGAGCGCAAGGCCGCCAGGCGCCUGCGCAGCCAGUAUGCCAGAGGCGAAGAACAGCGGCUUGAACUCCUAGAGAAGCAGGGUCAGCUUCGACUGCAGCGAGCUCAAAGAGCAGCCUUCGAAGACAGGAUGCGGAAGCUGCAACAAGAGCACAACCUCAAACUGUGGGAGGAAGGUCGGCAGAAAGAGCGGGAACGGGUUGACUACGCCCGGCGGGAGCGGGCAGAGAGAGCAGCCCAGACCAAGCGGAAACAGGACACUCACUUACAGAGGGAGAAGCAGCAGCUCAGUCGAGCUGAACGGGCACAUCACGAGGCAUUGUUACAGGGCUUGGCCCGGAAAGAGCGCAAGGAACAGGAAGGGCUGCGGUUGUCCCUGGAAGCGAGUCUGGAAAGGGCUCAGGAGAACUAUGAGCAGCUGAUGGAACAGCGAAGCCGACAUUUGCGAGAAAGAGCACGCAAGGAAGAAAUGCAAGGCAGGAGGGCCAAGGAGGUGGCCGAGCGCAAGGGGAGAGAACAUCAAGAACACCUGGAAGCACUGGCCAAAGCCGGAGAGCAGCGCAUGCAGCAUGCUACGCAGGUGGUGUCGGAAGCAGUGCAGCUGAAAGCUCGUCGAAUAGGGCAGAGUCGGCUGGAGAAGGAGCGGGCACAGCGGGCCAACAAGGAAAAGGUGGACCGUGAGGAGGACAGCCGCAGGCGGGAGCUCCAACAGGCCAUUGAGCGCAAGUGGGAGCGGAGCGAGCGCCUGUCUCGAGAGAGGCGGAGCGCGUUGGAGAAUGCCCGCUCCACUGCCCGAGCUUCUUUCCACGUUCGGGAAAAGGUGCGGGAGGAAAUUAACACGCGUACCUUUGACCGGAUGGCGUUGGAAGCCAAACUCCAUGCCAGUCUGGGCAGGAAAUAAGGGAGCUUUAGAAGGAAUGACUCUUUCACUCCACCAUCAAUGCCUCUGGCCAAGUCUUUGGUUUCUAAAGAGGACUGGGAGAAGGGAGUACUGCACAAGACUUCUUACUGCUUCUCUCUAAGGCAACCUUCAACGAGGAAGAAUGCGUCGAACUUUUCAUAGAAUUCACCCUUAGUUUCCAAGAACUACAUUUCUUUGGGGCCUGGGAAGCUAGGGCUCAGCAUAAUUCAUGACCACUCUCCUUGAGUUGUAUCUUCCUUUGUGCUUCUGAGGGGAUUCUUGGUAAUAAGCAAAGAGGAACUGGGGAGAAAGGGUAUUCUAGCAAUCGAUAUUCCAAGUUACUCCAUCACUUUCCAGGUAAUACCACAAAAAGCCACUACAGGACCUCCCUUCCUUCCCCCCCUGCCUUUCUGUGGCAGCUACGCGCCACACCUUUCUAAACAGGGUUUUGAUUUAAGUGCUGUGACUGAGUGGAUAGUAGUGAUUGUCAUUGAAAAGGACUCUUUCUAGCCCUCUUCCUCAUCUUAAAAAAGAAAAGUACAGGUAUAGUAUCUGAGAUACUUAGGAAGGAAAGCACUAUUAGAAAUUUUAGUCCCACAUAAGGUUACACAGGAAACUGGAUAAGUUUUUUUUCUUUUCUCUUUUUUAAUAUAAACUUGCAGGACCUCGGAGGACUCUAGUUUUCAGAGACUUGCUGUAUUCUAUCCUGAUUGAAGCAUUCUAGUGAAGAGUGGUCUAGUGGUCAGUUUGAGAGACCACCCAAUGUAGAAUAUAGAAAGAACUUGUAACCAAAUUACUUUAAUACUCACCAGAGAGCAAUCAUGCCUUAAAUAACAGAGCUAUCCUCAUGUGCCUGCCUUAGCUCUUCCCUGACCAUUUCUUUACUGCUCUGCCCUCAGAAUUUCAGCUCCUAGGCGGGACCCCAUGGAAUUUGACCUCUGUGGUAGAAUUAUGAACUCCCUGUAUAUCUGUUGGCGAAGUGGUGUACUACCACCAUGUGCCACUCCAAAUCCAGAAUUGCUUGUCUGCAAAGUGUGACUGCUUUUUUAAAACCCAUUUGCUGAUAUUUCUUUCCCUUCCUAUGGUUUAGGUGGGGGUGGGGGAAGGGAGAUUAAGAUUGUCUGUCAACCAGACACUUCAUUACAUAGGCACUUCUUUUCCCUUCCCCCAAUAACAAAAAGAGUUUUGUUAUCAUUAUAAUCGGAGUGCCCAUACUCUUCUUAUGUUAACAUCUCUGACUCCCUUGAAAUUAUUUAUACAGUUUCUCUGUUUCAUUCUUUCCAUCUGCCAAAUGGAGAGAAUGAUACUUGUUUUCUAGCACCUCCUGGUCUCUAGGAUUAAAAACACAACACUAGUAUUAACUAUUAGUAUUGUUAGUGCUUUUUUCCUGUAUCUAAGAGGCAGGAGAAGCUGUGUUGCCCUAAGUAAUGUUGGGGAUUGGACCUGUGAUAACAUUGAUACAGGGAAGUCCUAGAUAAAAAAAUUCCCUCUACAAAUGCCAGUCAACAUCUUUUCUACACCUGGUUUUAGAGAAUUUUCUAAAGCAUUAAGAGCUUAAGUGACCUGCCCAGGUUAACACAACUAUGAUGUUAUCAGAGGAGAGAUUUAAACCCAGGUUUUCAUGGCUCUGAGUCAUUUGCCUUGGCUGCUUCACAUCAUCCUAAUCCUUUGCUGAGAAUAGAGAUAUCAUAGAGUCCUAGAGAUAGAAGGAAAGGAAGUCUGAUUCAGGAAGCUCUUCUGCAAUAUGAUAGUUUUAUUAUCUGGCCUCUGCUUGAAUAUUUCCAGGGAUAGAAAACAUUUGGCUUUAAAAUUAUUUCUAUAUCGUGUCUUUACAUACUUUCAUUUGAAUAUAUCACUCCUCUCUUGUCCCAUGAGCCAUCAGUUGUAAUACAUACAAAAAAAGAGGGGAAAGGGCAGUUUAACAAAAUUAAUGCCAACUUGACAUUACUCACAUUCUCUGCAAAGAAGGAAGAUAGCACACAAUACUUUUAUAGGCACAUUAUUCCAUUGUUAAGAAGUAUUGAAUAAAAAUUUGCUCCCCUUUGAAAAGCAUUGGUCCUUGUUCCAUCUUCCUCACAGAAGAAAUAUGGGAAAGUAUUAUUUUUCACAUUUAAAAAAAAUCAGGAAAAAUGCAUUUAUUGCAUUUUGGAUAAAGUAAUCAGCAUGGGUCAGAAUAGAGCAAGCUGGACUUAGAUUCAGGGUUCAAAUCCCACUUUUGACAAUUUAACUGUGAUACUGGAUAAGUCACAUUUAACUAAGAUUUGUCAUAAUGAGUUGCUAUCUGCCUCAGUGGAGGGAGUUCUGAGGAGGUAGGGUACUUCCCACUAAUGAAAUCACAGAUGCUUCAAAAAUAUAGUAAUAGACCUGUUUCUAGAAGGUUUUGGGCAAAUGCUGACAUCUAUUGACAAUAGAUGUAGGAGAAAAUUGUGUUUUCAUACUGAACUUAAGACCCUGUUGAAAUCAGGGAAGGUAUCAGUGUUCCCAACUUUGAUCUGGAAAAGGAUUUUUCAUCCAUGGAAUUUUUCCUUAUUGGAGGGCUUUAACUAAAAAGAUUCUAAUGCAGUUGUGGCUACUUAUCUGCUUUUCUUUUACUGAAUAUUAAAAGGCUUUCCAAAUUUUAAUGAAAAAAUUAACUCGAUUUAUUUUUUUUAGGUAUACCUCUCUCUCUCUCUCUCAUUCUUUCUCUCUUUCUGUUUCUUUUUCUUUUUGUGUGUAUAUAUGUAUGUAUACACAUAUAUUUACACACGUCUAUAUGUAUGUAUAUUCCUAUAUGUAUUUGAAAUUGAAACAAGGUUUUGUGGGUAGAGCAAUAAUAGAAAGAUAAUAUGACCUAGGUUCAGUCCAAGGUUGUUUUUAUUUACUUAAAUGUAACAUUGGACAAAUCACCUUUGUGUGCCUCAGUUUAGCUACCUGUAAAACAGGGAUAAUGAUGCCUGCCCCUCACCUAUUUCAUAGGGACAUGAAUGAGAAUUUAAGUUGCACUCCAUUCUCUCUAUUCCCCAAUUAUAUUCUCACACAGUAUUUGAAAUCCUCCUCAGCAUCUAGGUGAUGCAGUGGAUAGAACACCAGUUCAAAUAUAUCCUCAGACACUUACUACCUGUGUGACCCUGGGCAAGUCAUUUAACUUCAUUUGCCUCAGUUUCCUCAUCUGUAAAAUGAGUUAGAGAAGGAAAUGACAAGAAAACUCAAAUGAGAUCAUGAAGAGUCAGACAUGACUGAAACAACUGAACAACAUUCACUCCUCAUUGAGCUAUGUAACUACUAUAAUAUUUUAUGGAGCUUAUUUAUUUUAUAUGAAUAUUCUGAUAUGAUAAUUUUUAGUUAGGCGUCUCAAAAACAUUUAUCUUCAGUUUGAAUCACAUAUGUCUGGAGAACCACAGACUGAAUGUCACUUAAUUAGGUAAUGAGUUUAGAGCCCUAAACUUAGAAAGAGGCCAUAGAUAAGUGCAAAAGUAUUGGGUUUCUUAAGAAUAAAAAUAAUUGCCCAGGGUGGUUACAAUGAGCAAAAGAUAAAGCCCAAAUUUAGUAACAGCAAAGCUCUGCCAAAUUUAUUGUUGACUAUCACAAAGGAGACUUGUGUGGUGUUGUAAGAAGAGAAUUGAACUUUGAAACCGAAGAUCUAGACUUAAAAUUAUAGCUCUGACAAGUACUUACAAGCUGUGUGACCAAGGGCAAGUAAUUUAAAUCUUACCAAGCCUCAGUUUCCCCAUCCUAAAAUCAGUGAUAAUAAUGUUUGUCCCACCUCCCUCAUAGGGUUUGGCCAACUUUUACAGCAGCCCAACUUGGGUAUCAGCCAUUGAAAUUAAUGGUCAAGUUGCUCUCUGUGUGAGGAGGUAGAUAGUUAGCCCAAGGAGGUACAAUUCAUUUAUAAGCUCUCUCAUUUUAUAGGUGAGGAUACAGAGACUUAGAUAUACAAGAUGCAGAGAGAUUGUGAUGUAAAAGGAUGAGAUUCCUGUUUUCUCCAUGGGCCAAGGAGAAUAUGGAGAAUUAAUCUGGAAUGGCUAAAAGAACAAUAAAUAGAAAGAAUGCGAAAAUAGGUCCUCCUGGCAUAUAAGCCACCAGAGGAAUCAAAAAUUGUUACCAUUGCCAGUUGGAAGAUUUGUUCCCACAGAACAGAGGAAAUGAAAAGGAUCGAGGGAAAAACUGUUUGCCUCUAUUAGAACUUGAGGUCAGGUCUUUAUAUUCAAAGUCCAGUGCUCUGCAUGUGAACUUGCAGUCCUAUAUUGAAAAGAAAAGCUUAUAAUAUGUCCUGAAUAUGACAAAUACCUAAUAUCAUAAGAGGAUAGAAAGGAAAAAACUUCCUCCUGAAUGUACAAAGACUAUAAUUCUGCACAGUGCUAUGGUUUGGCAAGUAUUAUGGAAUCAUAAAUUUGGGAUUAAUCAAAAGUUUCCCAUCAUAAGGACCAAAGGGGAGAGAAUUUGACUUGUUUUUUUUAAUAAAUUUUUUUUCAUAUAAAGAAAUGAAAUAUAAUGGGGAAAAGGCACUGGAUUCAGAAUUAUAAGACCUGCAUUUGUGACCUGGUUCUACUACUUACAAACUGUGCCUGCCUUGCCUACCUCACAGGGUUGUUGUGAGGAUCAAAAGGAAAUUGAAUAUAUGGAAAGGCUUUGUAAGGUGUAAGAUAUUCUAUAAAAGUUAAGGUAUAAUAACUGUAGUAUUGUUUGCACUGCCUCCUCCCUCCCCAAUUCCCUACCUUGUGUUUUUUUAAAUGAUAGUAGGAACUGAAAGUACUUCUAUACAAGAUAUUUUCUAAGAAGUGAACAGCAAAGAGUUCAACAAUAUUUAACAGGUGGGCAGAACUUCUAGAGCACUUUGAUUUAGAACUCAAUGUGACAAGUCAAUAAUUUUCUAGAGUUGAUAAAAAAGUGAUCUUUUAAUAAAAUAAUUAGUGUUGGGCUUAGCUACUAUAUGACACUCA